UUGAUCUAAACGUCAAAUUUGAUGUUCUAUGCUGAAAUUCCGGUGUGGUGGAAAAGUAAAAUUUACACAAAUGAGAGUUGGAAAAGAAAAAUAAAUUAAAUGUAGAAUUUGCAGUAUACACAUGGAUUUUAAAGUAUUUGUGAAGUUAUAACACGAGAAUAAAAAAAAUGUUGCCAUCAAAAUCUAACAAUAAAAGAAACAGUUCUACAAACGAAUUGAAUUUAGCUGAAGGCGUCCGAUUGCAAUUGCAGCAGCGCAUUUCAGAGUUCCUAGCCGGCACAGAUAUUGAAUUAGUUAUUCCGGAAUUAUCCAAUGCUGAGCGGAAGUAUCUUCAUAAAUACAUUGCUCGUCUUGGAUUGUCAUCCCGAAGUUAUGGAUCAAAAAAUAACCGCGUAUUGCAUAUUACACAUCGUAAACGGUUAUCAACAUUGGGUCUUAUUCACAAAUUGGAACUGUUAACUGCCUGCAGAAAUCUAAUGGAAGAGUCUUUACGUUUAUAUGAGAUACCAUUGGUAGACAGAAUCCCAACAAAUCAAAACCAAAUAUCUCGACAUCAGUUUCAAAACAGGACACGCUUGCGUAGUGAAGCACUACUCCUUGGAUUGGGCCCUCGCCUAGUACCACCACAACCCAAGCGUAUAAGUUCUGAGCUUUAUCGAGAUAAACAAGAGCUACCUAUUUAUUUUUAUAAAGAAGAAAUUAAUAAAAUGUUGCUGCAGAAUUCAAUUUUCAUAAUUAGUGGUGAGACAGGAUCGGGGAAAACUACGCAAGUGCCACAAUAUAUUUUAAACGACAAUAUGCUCAGAAAUCGCCCAUGUAGAAUUGUAGUUACACAGCCAAGGCGCGUAGCAGCAGUGUCUGUUUCACAACGAGUGGCAGAAGAAAGAGGUGAAAAAAUCGGAGAUACUGUCGGCUACCAAAUAAGAUUAGAAAGUCGAGUUCAAAAAACCACAAACCUGAUAUAUACAACAAGCGGCUGUCUUCUACGUUCGAUAAUGGCAGAUCCCAAGGAUUUUUUUCGUAAAAUAUCUCAUUUAAUAAUAGACGAAAUUCACGAACGUGAUAAGUACACGGAUUUUAUUCUCAUAACCAUAAAGGAGCAACUUAAACAAAACAAAAAUCUCAAAGUUAUUUUAAUGUCAGCUACAAUGGAUAUUAAUUUACUUUCAAAAUAUUUUGAAAAAUGCCCUGUCGUAACUGUACCUGGACAAGGGUAUAAUGUAAAAAUUUUUCAUCUUGAGGAUAUUCUUUAUAGAACGGGCUAUCGAACUGCGCUGAUGGAGAAAUAUUUAAGUUCUAUGAAAGAUAUCAACUCAAAAAAUUGUGAAAAUCUACCAAAGAUUGUAGAGAAGAAAAUGACUCAAUCUUUCACUACUUCAACUACAUUAAAUGAUGAACAUUUGCAAAAAGGAAUAGAUGUUAUUAUUGACCAGUGUUUUUUUGAAAAUUACGACAGUGAAGAGGAAUUACUUGCUUUGUUUGAUCAGAUACAAUAUUUUAUUGAAAGUGAGGGUAUGCCCAUAGAUACCGCUAAUUCACGGACAGGAGUCACACCUCUUAUGGCAGCGUGUAAAUGCAACUUACCGAAAUAUUUAGAAUUGUUUUUGUUUCAUCAGGCUAACGUCCAUCUCACGGAUUUGCAAGGACUCACCGCUCUUGAUUACGCAAAAUUACAUUCAGAUCAGACGUGUAUAAAAAUAUUACAAAACUCUGAUGCUAGUUUAAAAAAUCAUACGCGAUUAAGUCAAGAACCGGAAGAAAAACAGCGAAUUUUAUUUGCAUAUCACCAACAAUUUAACGACGAGAAUGAAAUCGACCAUGAUCUGAUCUUAUCGCUAUUAGAAGGACUAUACCGCAGUCCUCACCCCGGAGCUAUUAUGGUGUUUCUACCAGGUUAUAAUGAUAUAGUACAGCAAAGAGAUCUCAUUCAGAGUACACUUCCCGCUAAUACAUAUCGUAUUUGCAUUCUGCAUGGGCAAAUGGAUUCACAUGAUCAAUUUGAUGCCCUAAACAGACAUACAGUACGAAAGAUUAUUCUUUCAACAAAUGUUGGGCAAACAUCAAUUACGAUACCUGAUUUAGCUUACAUCAUUGAUUCGGGUAAAGUAAAAAUGAAAACCCAUGACUCGAUCACAGAAUCAUCACAGUUACAGUCGGUAUGGAUAUCAAAAGCUGAUGCAAAUCAGCGAUCUGGUCGUGCCGGUCGAACCCAGAAUGGUGUCUGUUAUCGGUUAUAUUCCACUGCAACAUACGAAUAUAUGCCAGAGUUUUGCAUUCCUGAAUUCAUGCGAAUACCUUUAACAGAAAUUUGUUUGUACGCUAAGACAUUAGAUGGUGAAAAAGAUGUGCAAUCAUAUUUAGCUCGCGCUUUAAACCCACCCACACAAAUAAGUGUGCAAAAUGCCAUAAAAAAGCUACAAUUACUAGAAGUUUUUGACGACAACGAAGAAGUGACAAACUUGGGACGGCACUUAGUUGAGAUUCCGUUGGAUGUACAUCUUGGAAAAUGCUUAUUGUACAGUAUUUUUUUUAAAUGUUUCGAUUCAAUAUUAACAAUAGUCGCAUAUCAUUCCGUAAAAGAUCCCUUCAUCUUACCAACAGACCGUGCAGCCCAAGGUCACGCUUCAUUCCAACGGAAAUCUUUUGCAGGAAAAACGUUCAGCGAUCAGUUGGGGAUACUUUCGUUAUAUAAAUCUUAUUGCUCUAUACGAAACAAUAGAAAGCGAGCUCGAGACUUUUGUAGCAAAUAUUUUUUGUCACAAACAGCUAUGGAAACAUUUUAUGCAACACGACGUCAGAUUGCUGACCUAGCAUGCCAGAAAUUUCGUGUUGGUCAGCAAGCGACACUAUUCAAUGAUGACUGGAAUAUGGUCCGUUAUUGUUUAGUUGCAGGCUUCUAUCCAAAUGUAGCAGUAAUUGAUCGUCAACAGGGAACGCUCACAUCAGGAGUAGAAAAGCAAUUAAUAUUACAACGAACAUCAGCAUUAAAUCCACCAGGUAUGAAAAAUUUAAAAGAAUUCAUUGACCAACUUCCAUACGAUUGGGUUAUUUUCUACGAAAAGUCGCGACUAGGGAAUAAAUAUUCGAUAAACAUGAACACAAUCGUUUCGCCUUUAGUAAUUGCUCUUCAGUGUGGACGGGAUUGUGUAUUAGCUGAAGAUUCUUCGGAGGACUCGGAAAUUUCAGAUAAUGAAGAAGACCUUUCAGAAUGUACUAAAACGGAAUCUGAAGGGAAAGUAAAAGAAUUAUCGAAAAAUAUAAAUUCUUUUUCAUUAUUAGAAUCUGCGGUGGUUAGUAAUCAAAAAGCGAUAAUGUCUCUGGAUAGUUGGAUUAAGUUUGAAAUGCCCAUUAUCGACGCUAAUAUGCUUUUGCGAGUUCGGAGACUCAUAAAGUCCCAAUUUGAAUUGUUUUUACAAGGAAGAAACACAAUACCACCAUCAACAGCAGCUUUUCAUGUACAAAAACUCCUUCACUGUUUAGACAACGGUUCGCCAAAAUAAACUAUACAUUAAAAAUUGUGGGUAUAUGAUUUUAUAUGCAUAUAAACAUAAAUAUGUUACAGAUGAAUAUCUGACGUAUUCAAAUACCUAAAUGGGUAAGAGUAAUAUUGAAUUUACUGAAAAAAACAUUGUGGUUUAAUUUACAAAACAUUAUAUUUUAAUGAGUUUGUGCAGUUGCUAAUUAGCUGCUAUUAGGAUAUAUGUAAGGUGCAAAAAGUAAUGUAAAAAUGUGACAGUAAGUUUAAUAAACUAUCGCAUAUUUUAGAUAAAUAUGAAA